AUGGAUGAAAAAUUAAUCAUCAAUCUGAUCGACAAGAAGCUAAAACCACUGUUUGAGAAAGUCGAUUUAAUUGAGCAAUCCAUGAAAUUCUUAAGUGACAGUUAUGAAGAUCUGUUAACGAAAGUCAAUCGGGGCGAGUCCGACAAAGAUGAUCUGGAAAAGGAAAUUUUAUCCCAGAAAGCUGAAAUUACUCAAUCUACAAACGAAAUCUGCAUGAUGAAGGACAUUCUAAAUGAUCAUGAGCAGUAUUCUAGAAGGGAAUGYCUUGAGAUACGAGGAGUACCAAUGCAUCGUGUCGAAGAUACCAACAAGAUUGUUAAAGACGUUGGCAAAUUGAUAGGAGUUGAAAUCAAGGACACUGAUCUCUCCAUAAGCCAUAGACUCGCGGCUCCGGAUCCCAAUUUCAAGCAACCUCCAGCAAUAAUUGUCAAGUUUGCUAGACGAGAUGUACGCAAUAAUCUGUAUGCUGCCAAAAAGAAUCUCCAUAACAAGUCAUCUAGAGACAUUGGCUACGUAAGGGACAGAAGCUUUUUAUUUCAGAGACUUUGA